AAAAAUAUAUGCCUGCCAUAUUUUUAUGUGAUUUUUUGUGUUGUUUUCCGGCUGUACUGUGUAACCAAAACGUGCUUUGUCUUUUUUAAAUUUCACAUUUAUCGUGCUAAUACCUUUCAAGACGUUGGGAAGCGUCAUUCCCAUUGCUGUUAUAUUCGCCGGCAAUGUCAUCAUCUAACGUCGGAUUGAUUGAUGACGAUUCUGGCAGUUGAAAUUCAGUAACCCGCGGCAUUUAGGGAUUUUCAUGGUAUUUGAAGCAGAAAGAACAAACUAAAUUUUAAUUUACCUUUUUUGAGUAAAAACAGUUGUUUGAUGCUACAUGAUUUCAAUGUCUAACGAUCAACAGCACGAAGAAUAUACUAUAUUAACAACAACUGGCUCAAACAAUCGAGGUCAAAUGUCUCAACCUCAUCUUACCUUUACACCGCCUACUCAAAUUUUUCGUACUGAAUGGCAGCGUUUUCCAGAAUUUCAUGCUUGGUUACGUCCCAUUGAUGGGGAUGUAACUAAGGCUUGGUGCAUAGCAUGUGAGCGUAUGUUUCGUGCUGAUUUAAAGUCAUUGAGAGUACAUGGAGUAAGUAAAGCUCAUGUGCGUAUGGUUCGGGCUCGCUGCCCUAAUGCUGACGACAACCCUGUACCACCAAUAGAAUACAAUGUGGUAACUGAUAAAAAGGGUACUUAUGGCAUAGCUGUAGUAACUAAUAAAGAAGACAAAUCUUCACUUGCAUCAAGAGCAUUAUAUAUGAAUCAAACAAACCCUACUGAAGAAAUAAUUACAUCUGAAAUGGCUGCACAGUCACAACGGGAUAAAUAUGUUGUGGUAUCAUUACCCAAUGAAGAUGAUGAUGACAAUGAAGGUCCGCAGGCUUCUAGCUCAAAUACGCAAUACAUACAAAAAGAAGUGAAUGUAAUCGACGAGACUGGUAAUUUGGUGUCUGUGGUUACUGAACAUCAUGUACAGAAAAAUAAAGACAAUGAUGAGGAUUAUGAAGUUGGUAUUCAAUCAAAUGACUAUCAUAGUUCAUCUAAUUAUGAAAAAAUAGACCAAAAACAUGAAGAGAUCCAGUGUAAAGCUAUUGUUUCGAAAUCUGCCCCAUUUUGGAAAGCUACUGCUGUUGUAAAUGGUCAUGUAACCGAAUUAAAACUUAGUGACUACAGUGGUCGAUAUUUAGUCUUAUUUUUUUAUCCUCAAGAUUUCUCCCGAAUUUGUCCAAGUGAACUAAUUGCAUUAAGUGAUAGAGUAUCUGAAUUCAGAGCGUUAAACACAGAAGUAGUAGCAUGUUCUGUGGAUUCUUACCUUUCCCAUCAAGCAUGGUCGCGCACAUUACGUUCUGAUGGAGGAAUUGCCAUUCCUAAAAUGCCACUUCUCUCUGACCCAACACAUGUGAUUAGUAAAAGCUACGGAUGCUAUUUACCUGAACUUGGUCAUUCUCUAAGAGCUCAUUAUAUAAUUGAUAUGAGAGGUAUUUUAAGGCAUAUAACAAUCAAUGAUCUACCUGUUGGCCGUAAUAUUGGUGAAAUUUUAAGGCUUCUAGAAGCUUUUCAAUAUACAGAUGAAACAGAAACACUGUGUCCUGCUGAUUGGAAACCUGGCGAACCAACACUUUCAUAGUUUUAUUAUUAAUUAUAACUAUUACUAAGUUAAUUUUUAAUUUAAUCAAAAAAAAAAAAAUAAUAAUUCUUUCUCAACUUCUUAUUAUUGAAUUGUUUUGAAUAUAUACUUUUUGUGUUGUUAACCUCACAGUAUAUAUUGAUUUACAUCUUUAUACCAUAGUACUGAUUGUGUAAUUUUUAAAUGUAUGUACCUAUAUUAUUUCUUGUUAGGACAACAAUUGUGU